GGGAAUGGAAAGAGAGUUGAAACAUGAAAACAAUUCAAUAGGCCCACUGUGUAUGAGCAGGCCAUAGGAGCCCAGUGAAUUCCCCACAGAGCAAUCCAUCACCAGGGGCCCGGCAGAAAGUCACACUUAACUUGUUUUCUUUUUUUGGAAAGGAAGAGGAGUGCCUAUAUAUGUGACAUCACAAGAAACUUGAAACCGUCAUUUUCAGCAGCCCUCCCUACUCACUGCCUGCUCCCACAUUUGCUCCCCUCUCCCCAAACUCUGCCUGAGACCCUCUGUGCUUCUCUGUUGGGCUCCAAAAGCGGCCAGUGUUACUACCUUCUCAGCCCAGACUACACCUCUGAUCCCAGGACUUCAGCACACAGAUCCCCCCGCUCUGCUGCAGUCAGCUGGACCUGCUUCUGGAGAUUUGACCUUUCAACAAGCUUUCAUUCUUUUGAAAAGAAUCCGACUAAUGGAAUAAGUCAUUAUAUGUGCCUGUCAUAAGUAUGGAACUACAGAAGCUGUCAAAUGGUAAUCACCACCAUGCUGUGCCUGUGGAGGGAGGAGUCCCACCAGAGGAAGAAAAAUUCCUUCAACACAAGAGCGAUGAAUCAAAAAGACCUCAGUUCACAGAUUUUGAGGGUAAAACCUCCUUUGGAAUGUCUGUCUUCAACCUGAGCAAUGCCAUCAUGGGCAGCGGCAUUCUGGGUCUGUCGUACGCCAUGUCCAACACCGGCAUCGUCCUUUUCCUGAUCCUGUUGACAUGUAUCGCCUGUCUGUCCUGUUAUUCCGUCCAUCUGCUGCUACGCAGUGCUGGAGUUGUGGGUAUUCGAGCCUAUGAGCAGCUCGGCCUGAGAGCUUUUGGUCAGCCAGGGAAGAUCGUAGCAGCUGUCAUCAUCACACUUCAUAACAUUGGAGCCAUGUCCAGCUACCUGUUCAUAGUGAAAUCUGAGUUACCGCUGGUCAUCCAAGCCUUCCUCGGCCAGACAUCCAGCUCCGACGACUGGUUCAUGAAUGGAAAUUACCUCAUCAUCAUCGUCACUGCCUGUGUCAUCCUCCCACUGGCCCUCAUGAAGCACCUGGGGUACCUUGGUUACACCAGCGGUUUCUCUCUCUCCUGCAUGGUCUUCUUCCUCUCUGCGGUCAUUUACAAGAAAUUCAACAUUGCCUGCCCUCUGGAAGUGUUCGGCAACUCUUCUGUGAGCACAGUCAUCCCAGAGGACAUAUGCACGGCCAAAUUCUUCACCAUCAACCAAGAGACGGCAUAUACCAUCCCCAUCCUGGCAUUUGCUUUUGUAUGUCACCCUGAAGUGCUUCCUAUCUACACUGAGCUGAGCAACCCAACCAAGAGAAGAAUGCAGAAUAUUGGCAAUGUCUCCAUCCUGGGCAUGUUCAUCAUGUACUUCCUCACUGCCACAUUUGGCUAUCUGACCUAUUACGAGAAUACCGAAGCAGAGCUCCUGCAUACCUACAGUAAGGUGGACCCCCUGGACACUCUGAUCCUGUGUGUCCGGCUGGCUGUCCUGGUGGCUGUCACUCUGACUGUACCCGUGGUCCUGUUCCCUAUCCGUCGGGCCCUCCUGCAGCUGCUGUUUCCAGGGAAAGCCUUCCACUGGCUCCGUCACAUCGCCAUCGCCUUGUGUCUGCUGUUUGUUGUAAACCUGCUGGUCAUCCUUGUUCCAAACAUUCGAGACAUCUUUGGCAUUACUGGGGCAACAACUGCUCCCAGUCUGAUCUUCAUCCUUCCUGGACUCUUCUACAUCCGCAUCAUCCCCACAGACCAGGAGCCCAUGAGCUCCAGACCAAAGAUCCAGGCUGCUUGUUUCUCUGCACUGGGUUUUGUAUUCAUGACCAUGAGCCUCACAUUCAUUGGGCUUGACUGGAUGAGUGGAGAAAAGCGAAAUCUCGGCGGACAUUAAAGAGAACCCCAAGCCCUAUAGCGACAGCAGCCCCACUGCUGUGCCCCUCCUCCAGUCCUCCGGAGAGGACGCAAGAUUCAACCUACUGCUGGAAGGCUCGGGGCUUUGGUGGGAUUGGUUUUAUUAAUCAUAAAGGACAAUCCACUCCUCCAGCUUGAUGAGAGGAGCCCAGUUUUGUCCUGUCAUCCACUCAGGUUGAUACAGUACCACCAGGAUCCAUUACAGGAGGUCCUACAUGAAGAGCUCACCAACAUGUUGACCAUAGAAGCCCCUCAAUCAGCCUUAACAGAGACUAAAUGUGGUGUAGAAUAACAGCGAUAUUAGAGCAAAUUGGGCAAAUGUUGAAAUGCAAAACACAUCUCUUUAAUUAUCAGCAAAGUUUGAUAGAGAAAUUUAUUUUUGGUGUGUGCUUGAUAAAAAUGCUACUCAGGAAUAGAUCCCAUCACGGUAUUUAACAUUGUAGUCCAAUUAUUGCUGCUCAUUUGAGAGUAUGAGGUGACUCUGCAGAGCAGUUUCUUGCAAACUGGGAAAUAAUUUGGCUUCCAUCAGCCAAAGUCAAUCAUGAAGUUUAUGCAACUGUGAACCAAUUAAUUUUGUGAUUCAUUUGUGAAUUUAUUCUGGAUAGCAUAUUCAGAUAUUGUUAUAAUAAAAAUUCACAAAAUAUGAAAA